AUGCUAUCCUUCAUCUUUGCCAUUCAAGAGAUCAACCAGAUUCCCAAUACUUCCCUCAAUAUCACCCUGGGUUAUAAUAUCUAUGAAAAUUAUUUCAGUGCACAAAUGACUUCAGAGGCUUUGCUGGACCUGCUCUCAGAUGGGGAGGCCAAUGUACCCAACUACAGCUGUGGAAGGCAGAGAAACAUAGUGGCUGUUCUGGAAGGGGCCGAGACUGGCAUCUCCAACCAGAUUUCAACCAUGUUGGGCACCUACAAAAUCCCACAGGAGCCUGACCCUGUCAUGCUGGCCAUGUGGUUGCGGUUCACCCCGUUGCGCCUGCCGCUGCAGCGGCGCCUCCAAAUGGCCACCAUCCUCCAGUGGGUCUUCUCCUUCCUGGUGCUGGGCAAGGAUGGAAUGGUGGUGGUGGUGGCAAACUUGGCUGUGUCCCAGUUGCGGGGGACGUCGCAGGAGAGGCAGCGCUGGCCGGUGGUCAUGGCCAGUAGUUCCCAUUGGUUUUCGAAACUCAGCAGUAAGAAUUAUGAAUGGGAAGAGGCAAAGGAUAUCUGUUCACCAUACUGGUGUGUGGAAAGCUGUCCUCAGGGAUUCAUGAAGGUGGCUCAGGAAGGGAAGCCCAUCUGUUGCUACAACUGUCAUCCUUGUGCAGAAGGAACCAUCUCCACCAAGGAAGAUGCAGAACAAUGUACCAAAUGUCCAGAAGAUCAACAUCCAAACAGCAAUCGGGAUCACUGUAUUCCCAAAAUCAUAAACUACCUUUCUUUUAAGGAAAACCUGGGGAUUAUCCUGACUUCCAUUGCCUUGUUCCUCUCUUUAACCACAGGCUUUGUUUUGGGAAUCUUCAUUAAAUUCCUGGAAACACCAAUUGUCAAGGCCAACAACCGGGACCUCUCCUACAUCCUCCUGGUCUCCCUCCUGCUUUCCAUCUUGACUACCUUCUUCUUCAUAGGCCAUCCAAGGAGAGUGACAUGCCUUCUCCGACAAACAGUUUUCAGUAUCAUCUUCUCAAUUGCCAUUUCUUCAAUCUUGGCCAAAACUAUCACAGUGGUAUUUGCCUUCUUGGCCACAAAACCAGGGAAUAAAAUGCAGAGAUGGCUGGGGAAGAGCUUUGCCAACUCCAUCAUUCUUUCCUGCUCUGGUCUCCAAGUUGUCAUCUGCAGCAUCUGGUUGAGCAUCUUUUCUCCCUUUCCUGACAUGGACAUGCACUCCCAACCUAGAGAGAUCAUCAUACAAUGCAAUGAAGGUAGUGUCACCAUGUUCUAUUCUGCCCUCGGGUACAUGGGCUUUCUGGCCACUAUCUGCUUCACGGUGGCUUUCUUGGCCAGGAAUCUACCUGGAGCUUUUAAUGAAGCCAAGCUGAUCACCUUUAGCAUGCUGGUCUUCUGCAGUGUUUGGGUGUCCUUUGUGCCGGCUUACUUAAGCACUAAGGGGAAAUACAUGGUGGCUGUGCAGGUCUUCUCCAUCUUAGCUUCGAGUGCUGGUCUGCUGGGCUGCAUCUUCAUCCCCAAGUGCUACAUCAUUGUGAUCAAACCAGAACUCAAUACAAAAGAACAAAUGAUGUUGAAAUAA